AUGUCCAAACAGUCUAAUCAAGUGCAAAAUAAGUAGAUCGCAUGGUCUAAUGAAAAGUAAAGAAAAAAGAAGUUGAUUCUCGACAGUCCGGAUACGAAAGAGACUGUUACUAUUCUACCAAAGCAACAAUAAAAAAUACCUAGUUCAAGUAAAUUGCCUAAGCACUUUAUUUCAGGACCAAAGAAGAAGGCAAGAUUAAAAUAAUAGACACAGGAGGAAUGUCCUAUUUGUAUGUAGAAUUUAGAUGAUGUAUAAAAUGUUUGUGAGAUUGAUGUUUGCAAACAUUAGAUAUGUUCAACUUGUAUUAAAGAAUGGGCAGAAAAAUAUAAAACACAAUGUCCUUGUUGUCGAGCAAAAUUCAAUUACAUCUAUCCAAUAAAAGAAGGAAAAAGAGAAAACAUCCCAAUAUAAUUAAAUUUAAAUUUACCAAAAUGGAAUUAAGAAGAAGAUCAAUUUUACGAAGAUCAAAGUGAAUAUGAUGAUGAAGAGAGAUGUUAAGUUUGUUAAUGUUCACACACUCCUUAUUUAAUGUUGAUAUGUGAUAGAUGUAAUGAUGCAUUUUGCCACACUUUUUGUGAUCCAGCCCAAUUAGAAUUUAAUGUUCCCAGUAGUAAAUGGUAUUGUUUGGACUGCAGAAGAUCGAAAUUUAUUUACUACAAACAUAAGUGA